UUUCGAAAUUCACAACACUGGCUGCAAUUGGCGGCGCACAUUUCUGUUUUUAGUCGCAUAUUCUUAUAUGUUUGAAAAGAAUCAGACUUGGGCGAGUUAUGAGUGACGUUGAUAGUGCCGAAUCUAUCAACGAUCCAGCUGAGCAUCUUCCCAAAUACUGUGAUUUCUUUAAGCAUCUGCUAGUCGAGGAGUUGGUGCUGGAGCCCGAUUACCGGCAGAUUCACUACGGAAAGUGCGCAGUGAUUGGACGUUUGUGCGCAAUUCCUGAUUACUUUAAGCUAGAGAACGUGACCGUGCCUCACCUGCCCAGUGACUACAGGCUGCCCACUGGAGCGGUGUCCCUUCUCCUGCUGAACUUCACGUACGACAGCCCAAGCGUGGAAAGUCUGGCGCAUGCUGGCUACUGCAUUGUGCGCGGUGAGGUUGUGCUAUGCAACGUACAGAAGCCGAACAGUCCUACGCUGACCACACGGGGCUUGCAUGAGCAAUUGCUGCAACUGGGCAAUAACGAGCAGCUGAGGUCUGCCCUUUUGGAGAAGGUUCAGCAGACUCACAGGCCUGCGCUCAGCGUGUGGCACACGAAUCGCAUUGACCAGGCCGAGGAGCUCAUUCAACGCCGGCUAGAGAUUCGACUGCUGUGCAAGGACAGUAUCAGCUGGGGCCAAUGAGAUGAACUCUCAUUAUUUGAGCA